UAAUACUAUUCGUUUUGUAGAUGUGCCAAAAAUGUUUAAUGAAAUUUUUGUUGCGUGGACUGCUAGUCUGAAAUUUAUCCAAAAAGCAAAAAAAUAUUUUAAAAGAAAUUGUGAAUUUGUGAAAGAUAUAGUUGAAUUUAAUAGUACUAAAGAAUUUGGAAAAAUAAAGCAAGCUUGCGAGCAGAAUUUUCAGGCCUAUUUAUAA